CUGACUUGGGUUCAGAGCUCAAAGUUUUUCCUAUCAAUUCGAUUGGAAAUCACCAAAUUUCAGACAGGAAAAAUUCCAGACGUUCAUCAUAGUCAUGUCCUACAGCCGUAAUCGUGAUUUCAUGUUCUGCGAGAUGUGCGGGACAAUGCUCUCUUUCGAUUCUCAAAAAUAUGCUCGAUGCCCGUUGUGCAAAUUCAAGAAACGUCUCAAAGAGAUUGCUGGAAAAGAGAUUAAGUAUACUAUCAGUGCCGAGGAUAUGAGGAGAGAGCUCGGAAUAUCUUCCCUGGACGACAUUGAAGAAGAGAGAGAGCUAAAACAAAUGGAUUAUAAUGCAAAGUGCAGAGCAUGCCAGCACCUGGGCAUGGCAUACGUUGCCAGACAGAUAAGGUCUGCUGAUGAAGGCCAGACAAUAUUUUAUACGUGCCCCGUGUGUGCCCAUAGACAAACUGAGAACUCGUAGAUUCAGUGUAGCAGAUUUGGUGUUGUGCUUCAUUCUCAACAAGUGAGAGAGGAGUUUCUUAUCCAAGUCAGAAAAUCUUAAGUAAACAUUUUGUUGCAGUUUUACCACUCAGGGUGGGCUUUCGUUCAUUUGUUGGGCUGUAGAGUGUAGUUGUACAAGAACUCGAGAUACAAAUGCCAUUUGUCCAUUUAUUUUUGUUAUUAUUGAGUGUGCAAAUUUUUGGUUGGCUAAAAACUACAUUUGGUCUUCCAUUACCAAAGGAAAAACACAUAUCCUUUUAUAUAUAAUUUUUGAAUGUG